AUGAGCGGACGACCUUAUGCGCGCAAUCCGUAUGCUCCGUACACGGGACCACGAGAUCUCGAGGCGAUUUUACCGCAUACAUUCCGUCUAGAAGUGCCAAUGUGUGUGCGAAAUGCAAAGCAGGAAGCAAUUCGCAGGGCCAUUCGUCGCCGUUGCAUACAGAAAAACUGGCGUAAACUGAUUAGCAUUCGACACUGCAGACGUCGAGGUGAAGGCACGGCGGAAAAAGAUGUUAAAGAGAGCAGAAACGAGACCAAACAAGCACAGCAGACAAACAACUUGGAAGAAGAGAGAGAUACUGUGGAUGCAGCAAAGAAACAGUUACAGACACUGGAGCUUAAGCUGCAAGAGCUGACGGACCUGAAACAUGUUAAAUUUCAGCUGCUUAAGGACAUUUUAGUGGAGGAAGCCAGGUCAAAGACGACUGGAGGUGGGGCGACGGCUUCUGUGACGAUCGCCAAAGAAGCGACGUGUGGAAGAUUAGAAGCUUGA